AUGAAGCUCUCUACCUUCCUGUCUUUCGGAGCUCUCCCACUCGGCGGUGCAUCUCCCGCCGAAGCUUUAUAUGAAAUUGUAAAGCUACCUCACCUCUGCCAAACAGACCCCAUAGGCAUAUGGAUCUUUCCAAAAGGCUUUCGGCCCCCCCAGAAGUGCAAGCAGUUCGACGUACCUGCUGGUGAAACAAUUAGUGGAUUCCCCCGUUUCCGCUUCGCCCAAAUCGAUGCAUUCACCUUCCCUAAUCGAAAUUACUUUGUCUACUUUCCCGUGGAUAACCAUGGUUGGACCAAGGAGGAAAUCAAGAAAGGACUGUGGACCCUGCUCCCACGAGCUAGGACUACUACAUGCUAUGCGGCGAACGAUGGUUCACCUCACUGCAUGGCCAAAUGA